CUGCGCUGCCCGCCGUCCGCCGCGCGCGGGUCCCCGGCCACUGGAGGAUGGGCGCCAGCGCCCCGGGGCCGCGCCCGCCGCGAGUCUGGCGUCCGGCCGGCGCCCCGCGCUCAUGGACGGCGGCUCCCGGCUGGCGGCGGCGCGCCCGCGGGCUGUGAAUGCGACUCGCCCCUCGGCCGCGCUCCCCGCCCGCCCGCCGGGACGUGGUAGGGGAUGCCCAGCUCCACUGCGAUGGCAGUUGGCGCUCUCUCCAGCUCCCUGCUGGUCACCUGCUGCCUGAUGGUGGUUCUGUGUAGCCCGAGCAUCCCGCUGGAGAAGCUGGCCCGGGCGCCGGAGCAGCCGGGCCAGGAGAAGCGCGAGCACGCGUCUCGGGACGGCCCGGGGCGGGUGAGCGAGCUCGGGCGCGCCGCGAGGGACGAAGGCAGCAGCGGCCGGGACUGGCGGAGCAAGAGCAGCCGCGGGCUCUCGGGCCGGGAGGCGUGGAGCAGGCAGAAGCAGGCCUGGGCCGCCCAGGGCGGGGGCGCCAAGGCCGGGGACCUGCAGGUGCGGCCCCGCGGGGACACCCCGCAGGGGGAGCCCUUGGCCGCGGCCGCCCAGGACGCCACCAGCCCAGACCUGGCGCCCACGCCGGAGCCUCCCGAGGAGUACGCGUACCCGGACUACCGCGGCAAGGGAUGCGUGGACGAGAGCGGCUUCGUGUACGCCAUCGGAGAGAAGUUCGCGCCGGGCCCGUCGGCCUGCCCGUGCCUCUGCACCGAGGAGGGGCCGCUGUGCGCGCAGCCAGAGUGCCCGCGGCUGCACCCGCGCUGCAUCCACGUCGACACGAGCCAGUGCUGCCCACAGUGCAAGGAGAGGAAGAGCUACUGCGAGUUCCGGGGCAAGACCUACCAGACUUUGGCCGAGUUCGUGGUGUCCCCGUGCGAGCGGUGCCGCUGCGAGGCCAACGGCGAAGUCCUGUGCACAGUGUCAGCAUGUCCCCAGACUGAGUGCGUGGACCCCGUGUAUGAGCCCGACCAGUGCUGCCCCAUCUGCAAAAACGGUCCAAACUGCUUUGCCGAAACUGCUGUCAUCCCAGCUGGCAGAGAAGUGAAGACUGACGAGUGCACCAUCUGCCACUGCACCUACGAGGAAGGCACGUGGAGGAUCGAGCGGCAGGCCAUGUGCACGAGGCACGAGUGCAGGCAGAUGUAGUGCUUCUCGGAGCGGGAGCCGCACGCGCGCUUUCCAGAGUAGUCAGUCACUGCUGUGACCACCCGGAUGACUCUGAGGACACUUCCGACGAGGAACCGCGGAGACUGGUUGGUGCUUCUGCUUUUCUUGGUAACAAACACUGCAAGAGAAGGCAACGGAUGUAUUCCACACACCAUCAAGGACCUUGGGCAUAAAAUCCCUCUCUAAAUAAAUGUGCUAUUUUCACAGUAAGUACCCGAACGUGCACUAUUAUAUAUUAAAUGUAUUUCUAUAACCCCUCGAUUAGAGAGCGUAUAUAAAUGUUUUCUAGAGGUACAGAUUAAAAACACUGUGUUGUCAACCGUC